AUGAGCUGCUGGCUGAAGGUGUCCAGACCACUGCUUCAACAAAUGACGGCCGCAGACGCCAAUUCUAUUGCCGACUUGGUCUUGCGCCGGUUCCAACAGCUUCCUGCGAAAAGGAAACCCCAGAUUAGAGACAAUGGCCUGCAUGAAUGGGUCCCCAUGAGCGGCAUCGUUGCUGAGCAGGAUGGCGUUUUGACCUGUCUCUCUGUUGCGACGGGCAUGAAAUGUCUCCCGGCCUCAAAGCUUCCCCUGGCAAAGGGUAGCGCCCUUCACGACUGGCAUGCCGAAGUUCUUGCCAUGCGGGCUUUCAACCGCCAUCUGUUGGAUGAGUGCCGUCGUCAACUCGGAAACGAUUCACCCUCCGCCCUCAUCAGGCGUCGUGAACCCCACGAGCUGACCCCGGACGCACCUCAACCCUUUGCCGUAAAAGACAACGUGAGACUGCAUAUGUACUGCUCCGAAGCACCCUGUGGCGACGCGAGCAUGGAGCUCACGAUGGCUGCGCAGGAAGAUGCAACCCCUUGGGAGACCCCUUCCACGUCUGUCCCUGACACUGCUUCCAGCGGCACAAAUGUGACUACUGAGUCGUUGCCUGGAAGGGCGUACUUUUCACAGCUGGGCGUUGUUCGUCGCAAACCGGCGAGAGGGGACGCGCCUCCCACCAUGUCUAAGUCCUGCUCGGACAAGAUUGCGCUAAAGCAAUGCACCUCCCUUCUAUCUUCACUGACGUCUCUGCUUGUCCACCCUGGAAAUGCCUAUAUGUCUUCACUCAUCCUACCAGAGACGCAAUACUCUGCCACCGGGUGUGAGCGGGCUUUCUCCGAGAGAGGAAGGAUGGCAAACCUUGCAGGACGGGCAUGGAGUGGGGGAUAUAGAUUUUCCCCUUUCGAGGUGAACACUACAGAUAGAGAGUUUGACUAUUCUAAGAGGAGUGUGAAAGCGAAGACGGAGAAGAUUGUGGCGAGCAACCUGGCUGCUGCUCUGACCGCCAGCGGCAUCGAUGAGGGGACUAUGGGUGGUGUUUUACAGGGACGAAAGGCAUUUGAUGCCAAGGGGGCGAGUGCAGUUUCUAGACGGAAGAUGUGGGAUGUUGUGUCGGGCAUCGCCACAGACCUUGGAGACGAAGGUGUUGCUUUGCGGAGUGCUCUGAAGGCAUCGACCUACGCAGAGGUCAAGAGUAGUAAAUUGCUUGCGAUACGACGGGAGGUUAAGAAGGAUGCGAGGAGCAAAGCUUUGGCUGGGUGGGUUGCGAACACUGGAGACGACGACUUUGGGCUUACAUAG